CCGAUAUUCGGAUGGAGAGAGACUGGUCGCCACACCUGGAGAGAGAAAGAUUAGAAACGGACAGGACAGGACAACAGAACGACGCUGGUUUUUGGCGCCUAGAGAGAGAAACACCAGAGAGGGGCUAUUUUCAUUCUUUAAGAGAGAGAGAGAGGGAGAGAUGGACUUCACCGUUUUAGAGAGAGAGAGAGGGAGAGAUGGACUUCACCGUUUUAGAGCGAGAGAGAGGGAGAGUGGUGUUCAGUCUUUGAGGGAGAAAGGCCAGAAGUGGACAUGGAGUAACCCGCGUUAUUUGAGCUGGAAUUCCCCCUUGUUCAAAUCGAAACCUCCUCUCUCUAACCAGCCAAAAGCUUGGAGACAAUGGGCGAUCAAAACCAAGUUUUAAAUCUCUCUCCCUCUCUCUCUCUCUCCAACAAUCCCAUAUCCCCCUCGCCUCUCUCUACAACAAUGUCAUCCCUCUCUCUGUCUCCCUCCAACAAUACCAUAUCCAAACCUCAGACAAACCCAACUCUCUCUCUCUCAACAACAAUUCCAUGCUUCCGUCCCUCAAAACAAACACAGCUAACCUCACUACACAACAAAAAAAAACCACUCUCUUUCUAAUUCUCUAUCUCAAAAGUGAAUAUAGGGCCUCUUUCAUCUUUCCCUAUCUCUCUCUCUCUCUCCCUCUCUUUACUGCAACUCCAUCCUGCUUCCAAAUGUCUUCAAAUCUCUCCCUCUACCUCCUCCCAAUCCUCCUACUCUUAAUGCCUCUCACAACCAGAGCCUCAUCUCUCCCUCUAACCUCAUUUCAAUGCAAUGGGACAACCCUCCCACCUCCAUUGCAGAAAACCCUAAACAAAACUCUAGAUUGCCUUGAAUCCUCAACAAACUCCUCAAGCCGCGGCUUCUGCAUCAAAGGAAAAAACUCUAAAAUCUAUGGUUUUGCCCAAUGCAGAGGCGAUCAAAACCCUCGAAAUUGCUCCCUCUGUAUCAGUGAAGCAAAAACCAAAGCUCUAAGCGACUGUAAUGGCGUAUCAGAAGCUAGGGUUUACACUGAGAACUGCGUGCUCUUUUACCAGGAUAGAAAAUUUUCCGGCACCGGUAAUCCUUUUCCGGUGAACGGGCCGGAAUGCGGCGAAAUCCAGGAAGUCCCGGUGAACUUUACGGCGAAAGUUUCAUCUUUGGUUGCGGAGCUUGUCGCAGAGGUUGAUGGGAAGAAGGGAUUUGGGGUUAGAGGUGAUGCCGUGGCGGGUGUGUAUGGUUUGGCACAGUGUUGGAGCGUGGCAGUGGAUGGUUGCCGGUUGUGUAUGCAAAGGGCGGCAGAUGCUUUGCUUGGGAUUUGUUUGCCGAAAGUGGAGGGUAAGGUUGUGUAUGAUGGUUGUUUCUUGAAAUAUCAGAAUUACCCUUUAGUGAGAGAGGCCCUUAUUGAACAAGGUGGUGCUCCAGCCGGUGAACCAGGGCCUUCAUCAAUCACAUCAAAGGAUCGGGAUCAUCAGAAAACCUCUGCAAUAGUUCUCUUUGUUGGGGGAUUGAUUCUUUUGGUGUUAUCAGUCACUUCCAUUCUUUGUUUCUUGAAAUCCACCAAAUUCCAGGACUUUGUGAAGAAGCUGAGAUCAGAAAAGCAAGCAACAGCUGCAGCAGCAUAUUGUUUUAGUGGAAACCUUCGAAUGGUGAGCUACUUCAGCUAUGCAACCCUAAAGAAGGCGACCGACAAUUUCAAACAAGAGAACAUGCUUGGUUGUGGAGGAUUCGGUCCUGUCUUUGAGGGAGUUUUAGAUGAUGGGCAGAAGGUGGCUAUAAAGAAAUUGUCUCUAAACAAAUCUCAACAGGGUGAAUCUGAGUUUUUAACAGAGGUUAGACUGAUAACAAGCAUCCAGCACAAAAACUUGGUUCGCUUGCUCGGUUGUUGCUCUGAUGGGCCUGAACGACUACUGGUCUACGAAUACAUGAGCAAUGGAAGCCUAGACCGCAUUCUAUAUGGCAAAAGUGAUAAAUUCCUUAAUUGGCAAAUUCGAUACCAAAUUAUUCUUGGAAUUGCAAGGGGUCUGCAAUACCUCCAUGAAGAUUCACAUUUCAGAAUCGUUCAUAGAGACAUAAAGGCGAGCAACAUUCUUCUUGAUGCUAAAUUCCAACCUAGGAUUGGAGAUUUCGGGGUGGCAAGGUUCUUCCCUGAAGAUCUAUCUUACCUUAGCACAAAAUUUGCAGGGACAUUAGGAUACACAGCUCCAGAGUAUGCAAUUAGAGGAGAAUUAUCUGAGAAGGCUGACAUUUAUAGUUUUGGAGUUCUGGUACUUGAAAUAGUGAGUUCCAGGAAGAACACCGAUCUCACUUUAUCACCAGAUAAACAGUAUCUUCCAGAAUAUGUAUGGAAGCUACAUGAGAGAUUGAGGAUUCUUGAUCUAAUCGAUCCAAAGUUGAAGGCUGAUGGGUUUGAAGAAAAAGAUUUUAUGCAAAUAAUUCAUGUGGCUCUAUUAUGUCUUCAACCAGAUUCCAGCCUCAGGCCACCCAUGUCGGAGAUUGUGGCCAUGUUUACAUGUAAAUCCGAUAUGCUGGUGACUCCUGUGAAACCGGCUUUUAUGGUGAAAAGGCAUCGACAAAAUCAAACACACUCUUGGGAGACCCUCUCUGAUGGUUUUCCUUCGAUUCGAAGCGAAUCCCCUUCCUUUCCUCGACAUAUAAGUUGGGGCGCACCGCGCACCCUAGAGAUCCCAUAGGCCAUUCUGUUUAUUUCUAGUCAGAAGCCUGUUAUUGUACCCAAGCUAUGUAUUGGACUUACUAGGGCAAAAUUAAGCAUGCUUUGCAAAGGGUAGUGCUAGGAAUGAUUAACUUAUGGAGGAUUUGGGUAAAGA